AUGUUUCAUGUUUCUACACAUGCUACAUGGAUACUUGAUUUAGUUAGAUAUGUGCUUGAUAGUGGUACCGAUGUCGGGAAGGACGAUGAAAGAGCGCUUGACCGUUCUACCCAUGUCGAGCCUUGUACAUUGGAAUACCUAAAUCUUGAGCAAAGCCCAACCACCCAACUAUCUCUCCCCAAAACAAUUUUUUUAAAAACGCGUUUUGCUUCCUUCCUUCUUUCGGCUUUGUAUUGUUCUUUUCCUACUCCUGUCUCCUUUUCUGUUUCAUAUAUAAACCCUUCCCUUCCCUUCCUUCCAAAGGCUCUGAUCGUUUCUCUACCAAUCGGAACUCCACCACAGACGCAACAGAUGGUUUUGGACACCGGCAGUCAGUUAUCAUGGAUCCAGUGCCACAACAAAACUCCAACGACGUCGUUUGAUCCUUCUCUCUCUUCUUCUUUCUCUAUCCUCCCUUGUAACCAUCCUAUUUGCAAACCUCGAGUUCCUGAUUUUACCCUCCCCACCACUUGUGACCAAAAUCGCCUUUGCCACUACUCUUAUUUCUACGCCGAUGGGACUUUGGCCGAGGGCAAUUUAGUCAGAGAAAAAAUCGCGUUUUCUCGUUCCCAAAGUACCCCUCCUCUCGCUCUCGGAUGCGCUACCGCGUCCGACGAAGCCGAGGGCAUUUUGGGAAUGAAUCUCGGACGGUUGUCCUUUGUCUCCCAAGCUAAAAUAUCCAAGUUUUCUUAUUGUACACCCGUGCGACAAAAUAACGCGAAAAUCAAACCAACGGGUGCAUUUUACCUCGGUCAAAACCCAUAUUCCAAUUCAUUUAAAUAUGUUGACAUUUUGACUUCCCCUAAGAGUCAACACUCACCCAAUUUCGAUCCUUUUGCGUAUACCGUUGGUUUGGAUGGGAUCAGAAUCGGCGGUAAAAGAUUAAACAUAUCGAGAUCAGUGUUUCGACCGGACGCGGGUGGGUCCGGUCAAACAAUGAUUGACUCGGGCACUGAAUAUACUUAUUUAGUGGAAGCAGCGUAUAAAAAGAUAGAGGACGAGAUAUUGAGAACUGCGGGAAGGAGAUUGAAAAAAGGGUACGUAUAUCGUGAGGCUUUGGAGUUGUGCUUCAAUGGAAAUUCGAUGGAGAUCGGACGGUUGAUAGGGGACAUGGUGUUGGAAUUUAAGAUGGGGGUGCAAGUAGUGAUUCAAAAAGAGAGGAUGUUGGAUGACGUGGGCCGUGGGAUUAGCUGCUUGGGGAUCGGACGGUCAGAAAGAUUAGGGGUACCAAGUAACAUUAUAGGGAAUUUCCAUCAGCAAAAUCAAUGGGUAGAAUUUGAUAUCGUGAAUCGAAGAGUGGGGUUCGGUGGAGCCGAUUGUAGCAAAUCAGUGUGAGUGUAGUAGACUAGAGAGUAGGGUGAGUGGGUGGGUGGGUGGGUCAACAUGUGGUAAAUAUGGUUAUAAUGUACAAGUCUGUAUACGCUUUGUAUGAUCCAGUGUGUGCCGCCACAGGCACUAUAGCGUACUUUUUGUAUAAAAACACAAGAAAACCAAGUGCUACACCUUUGCUUU